AUGCAAGCGACGACGCCUGUGGAUCCGCGUGUGAAUGAUGCCAUGUUGCCCUAUUCACUCAUGGGGUAUGGAAACCCGCAUUCUCGCACACAUUGGUAUGGUUGGGAAGCGGAAAAGGCUAUUGAAGCGUCGCGUAAGCAUAUCGCAGGCUUGAUCGGUGCAGACCCCAAGGAAAUCAUCUUCACAUCGGGUGCAACGGAAGCCAAUAAUAUGAUCAUCAAGGGCGUCAUGCGCUUCUAUGGAAAGAACAAAAAACACAUCAUCACAACGCAAACGGAGCACAAGUGUGUCUUGGAUUCAUGCAGGGUCUUGCAGGAUGAAGGAUUUGAGGUGACGUACUUGCCAGUGCAAACAAACGGACUCGUCGACAUGGCACAACUCGAAGCAGCUAUGCGUCCCGAUACCGCCCUCGUCAGCAUCAUGACUGUCAACAAUGAAAUUGGUGUUGUUCAACCAGUCGAAGAGAUUGGUCGUUUGUGUCGAUCACGGAAAAUCUUCUUCCAUACCGAUGCAGCACAAGCGGUUGGCAAGAUCCCUGUGGAUGUGAAUAAGUCCAACAUUGAUCUCAUGUCACUGAGUGGACACAAAAUUUAUGGACCAAAGGGUAUUGGCGCUGCGUAUAUUCGACGUCGUCCAAGAGUGCGAUUAGAACCCCUCAUCAAUGGCGGUGGUCAAGAACGUGGAUUACGCUCAGGUACCCUCGCAACGCCGCUUGUUGUCGGUUUCGGUGAAGCGUGUCGUUUGGCACAGCAAGAUUUGGCGUAUGAUCACAAACACGUCAGUAUGCUGAGUGAACGGCUGCUAUCUGGAUUAUUGGCAUUACCGCAUACCGUCCGCAAUGGAGACCCGCAAUCUACGUAUCCAGGUUGUGUCAAUGUCUCUUUUGCUUAUGUGGAAGGCGAAUCCUUGUUGAUGGCACUCAAGGAUAUUGCCCUCUCAAGUGGUUCCGCGUGUACCUCUGCAAGUCUCGAACCAUCGUAUGUCUUGCAUGCCUUGGGUGCGGAUGAUGAUAUGGCACAUUCAAGUAUUCGCUUUGGAUUGGGUCGUUUCUCAACAAAGGAGGAGGUGGACUUUGUCGUCAAUAAAGUCACUGCAAAAGUGGACUUCCUCAGGGAACUCUCACCCUUGUGGGAGAUGGUGCAGGAUGGGAUCGAUUUGAAAUCCAUCAAUUGGUCAGGCUAA